UCCUUUCAUCUGCAAGAGAUGGUGGGAAUUGCGGCCUAUGAUGUAGAUGGUUUGCAAUGCCUCAUGUGACUGAAUAGUCCAAUCCAAGAUUUGCCUGAUCUUUGGCAGUUAUUGCAAAUGUCUGUAUCUUGGUUGGGCUGCUUGCUUCCUACCGGCUCUUUUCUUUUCUUGGGACUGGAAGCAAUCUAAAUGUGGUGAGUUUUGGUGUAAGUAAUCUUUUUAUCACAAAGUCUAGUUUAUCUGGGUCACAAGACAGACUGGAGAGUCUCAGAGGACUGUCUGUGACUUCAUGAUAAGACUGGUAUAGUGAUCCAGGAGUAUCACAUUUGUCCCUGGCGUGGUGAAAUCUAAUUUAUAGAACACACCACCAGUUUGGGGUGUCUUCCCUGUUUCCUGACAGUCUGCCCUGAGGUAGCCACUCAGGAGAACUCCAGACAGCGUGACAAUUGGCAUAGUCUUGGCAGGAUUCACUUGCCACAGAUAAACUGAGUUGACCUGUUAAAAGUUUAAUUUGGUGGAAAGUUUUAAGGGUUAAAGAUUAGUCAUGAUGAGUGAAUCGUGUCGUAUGAGGGCCUUGACACAAAAGACCUUGAAAAAAUUAUGUAAAAAUUGGGGAAUAUCCCAUAAAAAGAGAGUCUUAGAUGAGGAACUGAGAGCUUUGCACAUAGACUUUGGCCAAGCAGCAAAGUUUGAACACCCCCUACCUCAGCUGCCGCAGAGAUUGCCGCAAUGGAACUAGUUCAGCUAAAGCUCCUGGAAGCCCAGAAAGAACAUGAGCACCAGAUACUGAUGGUGGAACUCCAGAUCAAGAAGAAAGAAACCGAGGAGGCUGAGAAGAAAGCCUACCAAAGACACGAAGCCACCACUGAAAUUGAGGAGAAAGCUCACGGAAGACACAUUGAACAACUAGAAGCUGAGGAAAGAGCACCACAGAAACAGAGGCAGACAGAGGAGGAGGAAGGAGAGAGGACUGGACCUUGGAGGUGUGUUGAGAGAGUUGGAAGACCUGAGAAUUGAAGUAAGGGAGACUCUGCCCAGCAGGACAGGGGGACUCCCUUUCCCCCACCAUCUAAGGACCGAGGGUAACCCCACCAAAGGGGGACGAAGGUAAGAAACCCAGAGGGGUUGAGAGGGGCUGGGACUCAGAGCAAGGAGCAAACCCAGACCCCUACCCCACUUCCCUCCCCCACCACCUUCCCGGGCUAUUAGCAGGGCCCUUGGCACCCAAGAGCAGGGGCAAGGGGUGGCAUCUUAGCUACCCGCCAAGAAAAGCGCAGGACCCACAAGACUAAAAUCGGCCAUCUUGCCACAGUAACCACAUGGUAAGUUCUCCAUCGCUUGGAGUCCUUCGGUCAAGACUGAAUAUCAUUCUAAAAGAAAUGCUCUAGGUCAACCACAGUUGUUUGGCUUCAGCGGUUCUCAGACUGUGGGUCUGGACCCUGAAGUGGGUCACGACACCGUUUGAUGAGGUUGCCAGGGCUGGCAUUUCUCUUGCUGGGGCCUGGGGGCUGAAGCCCAAGCCCCACCGCCCGGAGCCAAAGCCCGAGGGCUUCAAUCUUGGGCGGAGGGGCUCAGGUUGCAGGCCUGCCAGGGGCUGAAGCCCUUGGGCUUUGGCCUCCCCCCUGGGGCUGUAGGGCUCGGACAGGCUCAGGGUUCGGUUCCAGCUCCUGAGGUCGUGUAGCAAUUUUUAUUGUCAGAAGGGGUCACAUUGCAGUGAAGUUUGAGAAUCCCUGGGCUAGAUGAAGGCAUCACCCGGUGAAAUGUGUGGCCUUUGUUAUACAGGGGGUCAGAUUAGAUUAUCAUAAUUCUCUCCUUGCCUUAAAAAUUGAUGAAUUUCAGAAUAAUCCAACUUCGCUUCCCUAAUAGAGGUUUCUUUGUUUUAAAUUACACAUGUCAGGGAGAUCAUUGACUAAUGUGAAUAACGUGUGCCUUAUCCUUCACUAAAACCUGAAUGGUAAGUGUCCAGGUUUAUCAGCAGCGUUCAGGUGUGUAGUUGGAGAUGCUAAUGUCACUCCAUUUGUUGCUCUUGUUUAUUAGAUCCACUGAGAUGAAAAAGUUAUAGGUAAACAUUAGCAAGGAAGUACUUUUACAACAGGUAUUAACAGAUUAGAUCCAUGCUUAGGGGGAGCUUUUAUGUUUGUUUAGUUUUGCAGGUAUUAUGGGCCUGAUUCACUACAGCAGUACUCAGUUUCACACUCUCAUAAAUCAACUAUUUCAGAGGAGUUGCACCAUCAUAAAAUUGGACUGAAACACAUGGUGAAAAGGACAUAGAUGUAGGCAAAAAAGAAGAGAGAAGAGGUGAAAAUGGACAGGAGGAGUGAGAAUGUGAGUCAGAGAACAUGGCAGUGAAAGCUUCAGAGAGGAUUUUCCCCCAGGACCAAAGCCUUUACCCAUCAUUGGAAAUCUGCAUAUAAUGAACCUGAAGAGGCCCUACCGGACUAUGCUGGAGCUGUCCAAAAAAUAUGGCCCAGUCUUCAGCAUUCAGAUGGGAUGCCAGAAAAUGGUGGUGCUGUCGGGAUACGAGACGGUGAAGGAGGCUCUUGUGAACCAGGCAGAUGCAUUUGCAGAGAGACCUAAAAUCCCAGUAUUUGCAGAUACUUCAAAAGGAUAUGGUAUUAUUUUUUCUCAUGGCAAUAACUGGAAAGUGAUGCGAAGAUUUACUCUCACGACCUUACGAGACUUUGGAAUGGGCAAGAGGGCCAUAGAGGACCGGAUUGUUGAAGAGAACGGAUUUCUGACGAAGGAUAUCGAAUCUCGUAAAGGAAAGCCCUUUGAGAUCACUACAAUUAUAAAUGCUGCAGUGGCCAAUAUCAUUGUGUCAAUAUUACUUGGAGAACGGUUUGACUACAAAAACCCCACCUUCUUAAGACUACUAAGUUUGAUGAGUGAAAACAUCAGGCUGGCUGGAAGUCCGUCAGUUACGCUAUAUAACAUGUGCCCAGCCCUUGGAUUUCUACUCAGGAAUUACAAGAUUCUUUUGCACAACACAAGUGAAUUGCAUUCUUUUAUACGGCUUACUUUCAUAGAACGCCUCAAAGAGCUGGACAAAAAUGAUCAGAGAAGUUUUAUUGAUGCAUUCCUUGUAAGACAGCAAGAGGAGAAAAGUAAUACCAAUGGAUAUUUCCAUAAUGACAACCUAAUAAGCCUUGUGAACAACUUGUUUGCUGCUGGCGUAGAGACCACUUCCACCACGCUGCGCUGGGGACUUCUGCUAAUGAUGAAAUACCCCCAAAUUCAGAGCAAAGUCCAAGAAGAGAUUGCAAGAGUUAUAGGAUCAGCCCAGCCAAGAAUUGAACAUCGAACUAAAAUGCCGUAUACGGAUGCAGUUGUCCAUGAAAUUCAGAGGUUCGCUAAUAUCCUGCCCAUGGACUUGCCUCAUGAAACUACUGAGGAUGUUACUCUUAAAGGCUACUUUAUUCCAAAGGGAACUUACAUCAUCCCCUUACUGGCCUCUGUACUGCAGGAUGAAUCUCAGUGGAAGAAACCAGAUACAUUCAAUCCUGAGCAUUUUCUUGACUCCCAAGGAAAGUUUGUAAAGAAAGAGGCUUUCAUGCCCUUUUCAGCAGGUCGGAGGAUCUGUGCAGGCGAGACUCUUGCCAAGAUGGAGCUCUUCCUCUUCUUUACAAGCCUCCUGCAGAGGUUCACUUUCCGUCCUCCUCCUGGAGUUACCAGCUCAGACCUGGACCUCACCCCAGCGGUUGGGUUUACCACGCCCCCAAUGCCCCAUAAGCAGGGAUUGGAAGUGCAAUGGAAGUAACAAACUCAACCCACAGAGACAAGGAAUAUCUAGCAUUGCUCCGGAACAGCACUGAGAGAGUUUCGCCCAGCCCUUCCUUGAAUGCAAAGACAGACUGCGAUCCAACAUGAUGCCUUAGAAGGGGGAAGAUACAAGACAAAGGCAAACUGCUGUCCUUGAAGGGAAGUUACCUGCU